AUGGGCAAGGCCAUGCACAAGCAGCUUGCUUGGAGUGCGGACAUGGACCUUGCCUUGCUUCGUGAAGUCGUUCGAGUGGAGCCCUACGACGGCGAGUACGGCACGCUCACCGUGCGGUGGAAGACCAUCGCAUCAAGUCUGUCGACGCUCUUCGAAUGCGACAUCCCGUACCGUUCGGCGCGCGACCAUUUCGAGUCGAUGGUUGAGAGGUUCAAGUCGACGGACAAGGCGCAGCGAUUAUGGGGCACGGGCAGCGAGGAGGAGGUCACUGAGCUCACAAGCGGCGUCCGAUGA